UGCCUCUCGCCUCUGCUAUUGUUUUAUGCCUGCCUCCCUGUCCAGACAGAGCAACUACUCUCAGCCUCAGCCCCUGUACGGAUUCUACAAACAGGUUGAGAAAUAUGGCAACUCGUUUGACGUGGAUAGAAGAAAAGAAACUGCAAAACCUUGUGAAAGGGAAGUUUAGCCUUCUUUAUAGGGCUAGUGUCCAUGGAUUUACUAAUAGCAGUUUGAUUUGCAGAUGCAAGUAUCAAGGACCCACUCUACUAGUGAUUUACAGUUCUAAUCAUGUUUUUGGGUCAUAUAUACCCCAGAAUGACAAAAAUCAAACCAGAGGUUCCUGCCUCCUUUUUGCCUUUGAAGAGACUAAAAUUUUAAGAUGUGAACUAGGACCACAUGAUUUGACAGAUUUUGUUUAUCACUAUGGUAAUAAAGGGGAAUUCAUGAUCGAUCUAUCAGGAAAAAAAGUGACUAUGAGCUUAGAUACAAUUAAAAAAUUAAAACUAUCUCAACAUCAGACAAUAUCUUUUGAAGAAUGUGAAGUUUUUCGAUGUGAAGAUUUAUUGGACACAAGGAAGAUGAAAGGGGUUGCUGAGCUCCAGGGGAGCUUACUGUCUGCCAUAAGAACUUACAAACCAUCUAGGGACCUGGUUCACCAAAUACGAAUUCUGCUCCUGGGUCCGAUUGGAGCAGGGAAGUCUAGCUUUUUCAACUCAGUAAAGUCUGUUUUCCGAGGCCAUGUAACCCACCAGGCUUUGAUCGGCUCUGACAGAACUGGGAUAUCUCAGCAGUACAGGACAUAUUCCAUUAAGGAUGGGAAGGAUGGCAAGUCCUUGCCAUUUAUUCUGUGUGACUCAAUGGGGCUGAGUGAGGGAAAAGGGCUGUGCAUGGAUGACAUACCCUACAUCUUAAAAGGCCACGUUCCUGACAGAUACCAGUUUAAUUUCAUGAAACCAAUCACACCAGGUCAUAGUAACUAUAUUGACUUCCCAUUGCUGGAGGACAGAAUCCACUGUGUGGCAUUUGUGUUUGAUGCCAACUCUAUUGAGCAGCUCUCUGAUGAGAUGGUAGCAAAGAUCAAAAAAGCUCGAAGGGAGGUGGUGAAGAGUGGUGUGGUACAUGUGGUUUUACUCACUUGUGUGGAUAGCAUGGAUCUGAUUACGAAAGGAGACCUUAUAGACAUAUACAAAUGUAUGCCUGUGAAACUCAAGCAAGAGGAAGUCCACAAAAAACUUGGAUUUGCUCUUUCUGACAUCUUGGUGGUCAGUAAUUAUACCUCAGAGUGGGACUUGGACCCUAUAAAGGACGUCCUGAACCUCUCUGCACUGAGACAGAUGCUGUGGGCAGUAGAUGACUUCUUAGAGGAUCUGCCUCUUGAGGAAACAGCUCUCAGAGGAAAGCACUUACUAAGUGUGCAAGAGAAAAAAUAAAUAUGUGAACCCUUCACAUAUUAAAACUUCUCAGAGAAGAGAAAACAUAGAGAAGUGAGAAACCAGGAAAAAGACAAGUAGAUGAAGCUGAAGGAGUGUAUUUUACUUAUGGCUUGGAUAAAGAUGCACAAAAAAUUUAUAAUACAUAUAAAUAACUUGGAACAGCUGAAUUUAAAGUUGUAAAAAACAAUCAUAAUCUUGUUGGGGAUAUGUUCUAUACCUGUGAAAAAUUAAAGUUUCUUCUUAUAAAACC